GCCACAGCCGGCGCUCAAGUUUCCCGGGCAGGAAGCGCGGGGCGUGCCGGAAAGGCGCCGGGACCGUUGUCCGCUGGAUAGGCGGCGGUCGCGCGUGGACUGCGAUAUGCAGAGCAUAAACCUGGGCAACAAGGAGAGCGGCAAGAUAUGGCACCGCAAACCAUCCCCGGCCACUCGGGACGGAAUUAUAGUGAACAUCAUUCACAACACUUCUGACUACCUGCCCAAAGUUUUACGAUUUUUGAAUGUGGCUUUUGAUAGCUCAGGUGAUUCUGUAAUUGCUGGGGACCAUCAAGGAAAUAUCUAUGUUUUUGACUUGUAUGGAAACAGGUUUAAUCUUGUUCAGCGAACAUCGCAAGCUUGCACAGCUCUGGCCUUUAAUCUUCAUAGGAAGUCUGAAUUCCUUGUGGCAUUAGCUGAUUAUUCUAUUAAGUGUUUCGAUACAGUCACCAAGCAGCUAGUUAGUUGGAUGAGAGGACAUGAAUCGUCGGUGUUCUCGAUCUCUGUGCACGCAUCCGGGAGAUACGCCAUCACUACUUCUUCUGAUACAGCACAGCUAUGGGACUUGGAUACCUUUCAAAGAAAAAGGAAGCUGAAUAUUCUCCAGUCUGUGGGUAUACAAAAGGUUUUCUUUCUACCACUAACUAAUACCAUCCUGAGUUGUUUUAAAGAUAAUUCCAUCUUCGCCUGGGAAUGUGAUACUCUUGUUUGCAAAUAUCAAUUACCAGCUCCACCCGAAAGCUCUAGUAUAUUAUACAAAGUGUUUGCUGUGACCAGAGAUGGCCAAAUCCUGGCUGCUGGGGGCAAAUCGAACCAUCUUCAUUUGUGGUGCUUGGAAGCCAAACAGGUAUUUAGAAUUAUCCAGAUGCCCACCAAAGUUCGAGCCAUUCGCCACCUAGAAUUUCUUCCUGAUAGUUUUGAUGCUGGUUCUAAUCAGGUUCUUGGAGUGCUCUGUCAGGAUGGCAUUAUGAGAUUUGUUAAUAUACAGACUUGUAAACUUCUCUUUGAAAUUGGGAGCCUUGACGAAGGAAUUAGUUCAUCAGCAAUUAGCCCCCAUGGACGGUACAUUGCAUCUAUUAUGGAAAAUGGAAGUCUGAACAUAUAUUCAGUUCAGACUUUAACAAAAGAAAUAAAUAAGCCACCUCCUCCUUUAGUGAAAGUGAUUGAAGAUUUGCCUAAGAGGAAAGUGAAUUCUGGUGAUCUUAAGAUGAAAGUAACAUCAGGAAGAGUACAGCGGCCAGCAAAAUCAAGGGAAAACAAAAUACAAGCUAGAAUAUUAAAACAAGACCUGACUGGUAAUUUUGAAAAUAAAAAGAAUGAAUUUUCAGAUGGAUUAAACAAAAAGCGUUUACAAAUCUUAUUAAAAGGCUAUGGUGAAUAUCCAAUGAAAUACAGAAUGUUCAUUUGGCGCUCUCUGCUACAGCUGCCUGAAAAUCAUACUGCAUUUAGUAACCUUAUAGAUAAAGGUAUUCAUGUGGCAUUUCUCAACCUUCAGAAGAAAUACCCCAUCAAAAGUAGGAAACUACUCAGAGUAUUACAGAGAACCCUCUCCGCAUUAGCUCACUGGUCCACCAUCUUUAGUGAUACACCGUAUCUUCCACUUCUGGCAUUUCCAUUUGUAAAAUUGUUCCAGAACAACCAGCUCAUCUGUUUUGAAGUUGUUGCUACUCUUAUAAUCAAUUGGUGUCAACACUGGUUUGAAUAUUUUCCUAAUCCUCCUAUCAAUAUUCUUAGUAUGAUAGAAAAUGUUUUGGCAUUUCAUGACAAGGAACUCCUGCAACACUUCAUAAAUCAUGAUAUAACUUCCCAGCUGUAUGCAUGGCCUCUUCUUGAAACUGUGUUCUCGGAAGUACUGACCAGAGAGGAGUGGCUAAAAUUAUUCGAUAAUGUCUUUUCCAACCAUCCUUCAUUCCUCCUGAUGACUGUUGUGGCCUACAACAUAUGUUCUAGAGCUCCUUUGCUCAACUGUAAUCUUAAAGAUGAUUUUGAGUAUUUUUUUCACCAUCGGAAUAACCUGGAUAUAAGUGCUGUAAUUAGAGAAGUUUAUCAUCUCAUGGAUACCACGCCCACUGAUAUUCAUCCAGACAGCAUGCUUGAUGUUUUUGUGGCACUGACAAAAGGGCAAUACCCAGUAUUUAAUCAAUAUCCAAAGUUUAUUGUGGACCGUCAGACACAGGAACGAGAAAGAAUAAGAAUAAGGGAUGAUGAACUGGAUUACUUAAGAGAGAGGCAGGCAGUUGAAGACAUGCAAGCUGAACUAGACCAGCAAAGAGUUGAAGAUGAAGCUUGGUACCAAAAACAGGAACCGCUUCGUAAAGCUGAAGAAACAAGGAGAGACACGCCCUUACAAGAGGAGGAGAUGAUGAUACAGCAAAGACAAAAACUAGCUGCUGUGAAAAGAGAGUUGAAAGUAAAGGAAGUGCACUUGCAAGAUGCUGCAAGAAGGCGUCUUCUGCAGCUUCAGCAAGAACAGCGUGAAAUGGAGCUAAGAAGACUGGAUGAUGAAAUUGAGAGAAAGGUACGUAUGAGAGAUCGAGACAUUGUUGCCACAGCCAAAGACCUAGAAGUGAGACGUCUGGAACUCGGAUCACAAAAGAGCCUUCACGAGAAGAAUCUCACUAGAAAUCAAGAAGCUAUUGCAAAAGAAAUGAGAGAAGAUGCAGACGCCAAUAAACGAAAAGUGGAUCUUGAAGAUCACAUGUUUCAUAGACCGAUAGGAACAGAUCAAACUCAGAACCAAAACACUCAGAAGUUAAUUGAAGAAAAUUUGGCAAAAGCUGAACAAGCAUGUCUAAAUACUGACUGGCGAAUUCAAGCUUUACAUAAACAAAGAUGCAAUGAUCUACACCGAAAUGAAUGUUACCAGGAAGUGGCCAAACUGCUUCGGAAAAACAGAAAGAAAGAAAUGGAAGUAUUAAAUGCAGUGAUGGAGGGGGAAGCUAAAAAGUGGGAGGAAGCUGAAGAACAGGACUUUCAUUUGAAAUCAGAAAAGAAAGCUGCUGCUCCUUCAGAUGCCUCUAGAAGGUGGUUCCUGGAGAAUGAGAUACACGCUCAACAUCCGUGUCAUACAGUGCCCAGGUGCCAAGAUGAAUGGGUCGCCUCAGGCUGUUUGCCUAGAACCUCACAGUUAAAAGACAUUUCUGAAAUGGAGUCCUUGACACAGAUUUCAUUAAACCAAAGAAAAACACAUUGGGACACCAUGGAAUGGGAUCUUAUGGAGAGAGUGAGAAAUCUCCGCCAGAGACUCGCCACCCAGGCUCGAAACAGAUGUCAAACGCCUCAUCUUUUGGCUACUUAGGAGGCUGGUCACCUUGAGAGAGUCAAAGAGCGAGAUACCUAUUUUGCAAUCAGUGACACUGAUUUUCAGAUUAUUUAUUUUAAAUUCCUAUAAAGAUCAACCUUUUGUAUGAAAAAUAUGUGUGUAUAAAAAUUAUGUGUUCUCUUUAAUUCUGGUGCUUUGGGACUUGUAAAUGGCUUAUUGUACUUUUCACAAUAAAAAAAAUUUGAAGCUUUUAAAGCUUUGCAUUAGGCCCUUUCAGGUUUCAAGGACCAGCAUAAACCUCAGGAACUUUAGUGGAUGAGGUUUUAUUCUAAAGGUGAACGGAGAAAUAAAGAACACGACACCACCUCAGCAGCUGUGCAGCCAGGACUGAGCCAGAACUCAGCAGCAGCGCCAGAGCGCGAGCAGUGAGGAGAGGCCCACCUGCCAGCCCCUCUGCCCCCAGCAGCUGGUCCCCCCCUCGCCCGCGAUCCACCGUACCAGCAGCACCCAGGCCACUGUCUCCUCUUCUCCUGACGGCACCGGCUCAGCGCCACAACAGGGCUGCUCCCGGCUUCAGCAUCUUGGCAAAUUACUUCCCUGAACCCAUUUCUAAAGGGAGAGUAGAAACAGCACGUGGUCUUUGAUGUAAAGAUUAAAUAAGAUAAUGUGUAUAAAGUUCCUGAU